CCCCGCCCGUUCCGGUGGUGGCACCGGCACCAUGGGGGUCACCUGCGUGUCGCAGGUGCCGGUGGCCGAGGGUAAGAGCGUGCAGCAGACCGUGGAGCUGCUGGCCCGGCGGCUGGAGGCGCUGGGCGCGGACAAGCAGGGGACGUUCGGCGUGGACUGCGAGACCUAUCACACCGCGGCCGCCCUCGGCACACAGGGGCAGACAGGGAAGCUGAUGUACGUCAUGCACAACACCGAGUACCCCCUGAGCUGCUUCGCCCUCUUCGAGAACGGGCCCUGCCUGGUGGCUGAUGCCAACUUUGACACCCUCAUGGUGAAGCUCAAGGGCUUCUUCCAGAACGCCAAGGCCAACAAGAUCGAGAGCCGUGGCACCCGCUACCAGUACUGCGACUUCCUGGUGAAGCUGGGCACGGUCACCAUGGGCCCCAGCGCCAGGGGCAUAUCCGUGGAGGUGUGUUCCCAGGUGGAAUUCUGCCCCUGCCACCAGCUCCAGGGCUGUGGGAUGUGUUCCCAGGUGGAAUACUGUCCCUGUGUGAUUGCCAACGACUGCUGGAACCUGCUGAUGGAGUUCAUGCAGAGCUUCAUGGGCAGCCACACGCCCGGGAUCCCGUCGGUGUUCGGCUCCAAGCAUGACAGCGCCUACAGCCCCGGGGACACCAUGGUGCAGUACAUGGAGCUCUUCAACAAGAUCCGCAAGCAGCAGCAGGUGCCCGUGGCUGGAAUCAGGUGAACAGCAUUCCCUGGAGCUCCUGGACUGGAUCAGGAAUCCCUCCAGAGUGUGGCACAGGAGGCAGCCCCAGGAUUUUUUUCCCUUCUUGAUUUUUCCCAUUUCUAAGUUUUCCGAUGCCGUGUGUAAUUCUGGGUGUCCUCCAUGGUUUGGGAUUAUUGGAUCUGUGGUUCUUUGGACAGUGUUUUGUGCAGGGAAUCACUGUUUAUCCACAGGGAAAAGAGAAAUUCCAGCCAAAAGCAAGGGCAGAGCUUCUGUGACUACAAACAGCUACAGGAGAAAUCUCUUAAAUUUAUAUUUUUUUAUAUGCACAUUGGUGUUUUGUUGUAUUUCAUGCCAAUAAAACACUGGAUUUUGGGAGGAGGAGUUGUCCCUGCACAGUGA